CGAGUUUCGGGGUGGCGCGUGUGAAAUUGAAUGAGUGCGUGGAAAGCGCAGGGCACAGUAUUCGGGCCGCUGCUAUUAUGGUGAAGAAAAGUCCAUCUGUAUCGAUAUUUGUUCCCAACGAUCAAUCUGUCUGUCGAUUUUGUGGGUAUUAAAAAAGAAAAUCUUAAGAUUGUGUUGAGAUUCGCUGUGUUUUUUUUUCUAGAGCGAUUUGCCUAGAACGAAGGAAAAUCGGAGAAUUAUUCGAUAAUCUAAAAAAAGAUUUUGAAACAGUUUCUCGGAUUCUCAUUUGAGAUUUCUACGUUUCGAUUCCAAUGGUGUUAUGUCCGCGGUUUGGAGUCAUUCAAGUUGAUCCCAGGUUAUCCAGUCUAAUGUGUUGUCAAUUCGGAUCUUUCGUAAAAGGAUUAAAUCGGGGUUAUCUACUGUAUCUUUCGGUGGUGCUGAGAUUGGCUCAUAAGACAUAACUCAAGGAAAUCGGUGCGACGGAAAUUAAUCGUGAUCGUCUAUCAGUCUAUAAUUCAAUCUAUUUUCGUGUGUAUCUGUAUCUUCGCAAAGAUUCAAAUGAGAAGUUUCAAUACCGAUUUGAAACCUCGUGAACAUCGAUCUCUGGGCGAGCCACCUCUCAUAAGUGAAAAUACAUAUUUUCCUGAAUUAAAAGUGAUUUUCCGUUCUAUGUCCAACGAAUUAAGCCCGAUACUAGUGCACUUUAUUAAAAAGUAUCUUAAUUCCCAUAAUUGAAACAGUGGAGCGGAUCUAACGGCUAGUGAUGAUCUAACAAAAGUGCUGCCCCUAUUUUCGGAUGUUAGUUUGCUUUUCGCCUCACGUAACGCUCCUUUUUCACGAAGAAGUGGAAGAUUUCGAGAAAAGUAUUCACAUUGCUUGUUGAUGUUUUCACGCUAAUUGAAUUUGUUCCAAGCCAAUAAAAUAAUUUAGUGCAUGUCGUGGUGGUGGGAAAAUCAAAAGGAAAAUCAAUAAAUAUUUAGAAAAUUAGUUUCCGAGGAUCAAGUGAAGAAAAAGAUAAAUAUGUGACCAACCAAUUCGUUGAAUCUAAGAUUGUGCUUCGAGUGCAUCUCAAACAUUCAAAGUGUAAAGUUCGCGGACCUCGUUGGGAGUUUUGAAUUCCUUAAGGAUACCUAAUGAUGUAAAGAGGAAAGCAGAAGAGAAUACUUUCAUUCAACCAUGGAUAAAGAGAAAUUAUCAAAGAAACGAUCAUCAAUUGAGGCAAAAGAUACAUUGCCCUCUCCACCGCCAAGUCCAGAUUCACAAAUGCGAUCUCCGGGAACAGUUGCACUAAUUCCAACAUAUCCAGAAGCAUUUAAGCGCAUAGUUGAAUACAAGAAGCGCGAAACGGAAUUCAUGAAGGUGCUCGACGAAGCCAUCGCACUGGACAGCAAAAAAGUCAAAAUCGACCAACCAGAUAAGAUGAACCAACAAACAACAGACCCUGAGGGUGAAGUUCGUGAAAGUAUUCAGGCACGUCAGGACUCUCAGCCGAACACCCCCGACUCAACGCGACCAGACAGCGAAGUACUACGUGAGGAAUGUGAUACCUAUCUCCUACCCUUACUCAAUCGAACCGGACCCUCCAUAUCAGCAGCAUUGGUCACUUACGAUGCUUUCGAUCAGUUGACCAAAUUACAUGGACUCCUGAAUCAGUUGAUUCAGGUGCGAAACCAGAACUACCAGAUGCAAAGGCAGAUAAGGGAUGUAAGGACUCUAUGCGACCUUAAGAAGCUGCAGAAGAAAGAUUCACCGGAGAUGCCAGAUGAAAUCGAGAUUUCAGAUAAUGAACUUGAUUUGAGCGCCAUCCUUGCAGCUGGUAAUAGUGCAUCUACUAAAAGAAGCACUGCUAAAAGGCAACGUGAGCGCAGUAAAUCUGUUAUGGCUGAUGAUAUCCAAAUGUUCACGACAGAAAAAGAGAAAACUUCAUCGCUGAGGCGUCAGAGUCAAAGUGCAUUUUCCGAUAGUAAAGCGAAAGUAUCGAAAUGGACCAAAGUUAAGGCCGCCUUCAAGUGGGAACGAGCGAAUGUGGCCACGAUGAACGAGGGGAAAAGUUUGGAUUCAGGAAUAAGUUUAGGACCAAUAAAUCAUGAGGUGGCGAGAUAUUUGCGUGUACCAUCAGUACCAUGCGCAGGAAGCUCGGCAGACAGUGUCUUAAGUUCAUCAUCAGGUCAUUUACUUAGUGGCGGAUCAGUACCUGCUACACCCGGUACAAUUAGCUCAGCAAGCUCCAUUGAGGAUGUUGGCGGGGUGUCUGAGGAGAAUCGUAAUAACAGAGACUCAUCCAAAAGUGAUUCAAGAUGUGACUCACGAGCAAAUGAAGAAGACUCCAGAAGAAGUCGAUCCUUAGAUGGGGAUACAGUGAUAAAUAGUAACUCACUGACUCGAGAUGGAAAAAAUAAAACGCCUUGGAAGAAAGUCAAGGAUAUAAUUCAAACUCAUCGUGGGUCGUUUAAAGGUAAAUCAAGGACGAGAAGUGUCAAAUCGAGUGGAACUUGUAGUCGAGAACAUAGUCCAUGUGAAUCAAUCGAUGCGCUUAGUAAUACUGAGGAACGCAGCCAAGACCACGGCACGUCAAUCCCUACAUCCCCUGUUCGGAAAAACAUGCCAUCUGUAAACGUAUCAGGCGAAAGUAGUUCCUUCUCAUACUCGCCUUACGGAUCGUCCUCCGGUUUACAUACCAAAGAUGAUUCUGAUGGGAAACCAGUGAAAGCGUCAUCGAAGUCAAAUCGCAGAAGUAAAAUUUUAACGGAUUUCGAAGUUUUACCGGAGGAUGUGAUCGUUGAUUCAAAGUCAACAGGAACAAUUCAACGUGGUAGACCACCACCGAGUCCUUUGAAUUUACGUCAGGUAUGCCUGAAUGACUCCAGUGAUGCCGAGUAUGGAGAAAUGGGUCAUUCACCAACAUUCUUCGGGAAAACUCCUACGAAAAUCUUUAAGUUAAGGAAACCGUUAGCUUCAGGCAAUUCUUCAGUUCCUAGCAGUCCUUCUCGACAUUCCGAGUUUUAUGGCGAAAGCGAUAACUUCUUCAGAUUCCCGGAUACAAGCUUUCCUAGUGAAGAUUUCUCAAGUGGUGACUUCUCCGAGCCUUCCAGCCCGAAUCGAAGCCAACAUAACAAGCUCUCUCCCAAGUCGAGCUUCAUUGUUCAGCAGAAGGAAAUUAAUGAAAAAUAUUAUGAAUUGUGUGAGCAACUGGCACAAGAAUUUGAAGCGAAGCAAGAGGAGUGGAAAAAGAUUCAAGCGGCCUGUACAGCGACAGCGUCGACAGCUUACCAAAUCAUAUCCAAGGAGGAAGGCUCACUAUCGAACAAAAACGUUCCUGCCACUCUGCUUGAGGAGAAUCUUUCACCAGAUUUCAAAAAGAAAUUGCAUAAAUGGCGUGUGAAGAAACAAAAUUCUAUUAGCAAUCCAAAAGAUCCUCAGACAUCUCCAACAAAAGAGAAUGAACAGAAGAAAAUCGAUUGGAAUCUUUGGAAAACGGGUCAACUCAAGCUUGAAGGACAAGGACUCACUCCCAUGCCUGACCAGAAAGACCUCUCCGAAGAUUUUCAGAAGAAAUUGGAACAAUGGCGAAAGUUGAAAGAGUCAAACACUGUGCCUCCAUAUAACAGUCAGGAUUCAUUGAAACGCUCUAAGAAAACCAAGGACGAUUCCGAAAAAUACGAUCGUGACAAAAAUCGACCAGAUCGGGAGAAACUUAAGGUUCACGAAAGAGAUAAACUUGAAAAAUUAUCCAAAUUAAAAGCAAUGGUCACCGAUCCUCCAGCCAAGGAAAUCGAAGUGAAGACAUCGAAAGGCGUUAUGAAGUUUGAAGGAAUAUCCAGGAAAUUCACAAGAAAACUAUAUGAGUGGGAGAAGGCUAAAGGUAUUGGGCCGGAGUCUUCCACCUUUGCUCUUCUACAUCCAGGAUAUAGACCCCUUGACGUUGGCAAUGGAGCGCAAGAAAAUGCGCCACAGGAAAACUCUCCCGUUCUUGGCCGAUCCUUAUCAUUGGACAGUAUUUCGCCGAAUCCCUCGGUUCCGUCAAUAUCACAUCAACCCUCAAGUUUGUCACUCAAUGACAUGAAAGAGUCAAAUAGCGUUCCGGAAGGUUUGGAGGAAGGUGAAAAUGCAGAGUUUGACGGUAAAAUGGGAGGCAAUCAGGAAGAACCGGAAGCCGUUAUUGUGGAAGUUGAAGACGACAUAGUUGAGACAGCAGCACCAUUGGUUACAAUGCACCCCAUCAUUGAGUGUCAGACUCCUGUAUAUAAAUACGAAAUCCCGUGUGCAGAAUUAUGCUCCGGAUCAGCAAACUUUCCUUUCAACGAACCUUCGGCCUCACCAAAACAAAGAUCGACUCAAGCGCUACAAAAUGUUAGUAAUCUUAAACGUUUACAAAGCCAACAAGAUGAUGGCUAUAAGGAGCACAUCCGUCACGUUCAGUCUGUAUUGGAUUCCUUGAAGGAAUCCCUACCAGACUUGGAACCAUUUAUUCGAGGAGGAAGUACAAAAGAAGGUCUUGAAACUUUCUCGACAAUUAGACGGCAAAUUAAGGAGCUAAUGGAGAUGCUUGAUUCACUCAUGAUGACUGAAUCUUUCAAUAAUGACGAGUUUCAUGAGAGAUCCCGAAUAAUCGAUACUAAAUUGUCCAGUCUUCAGAGGAAUAUUAAUUUGGUUUGCAAAAUUAUCGAAACUAAAAAAGUUAACGAGCCAAUCCCAGAAAUAAACAUUAUUUCUGAAGAAGCAAAUGGAAUUGGACGUGCCAUUGUCUGUACAACCCCCACAGUCUUCCAGUCGGAAGUGAUCAUCAAUCAACCACGUAUUAUGAUCGAUAGUCCUGUAGUUCAGGAAGCGCUUUCUUCCGUCGACCAAUCACGAUUAGAUCCUGGAGAAGGAUGCUCCAAGAAAGUUAAUCGAACUGUUAGUAACGGAAGCAAGAAGAAGAUGCGAUUACGAAAAAUGGGAUCCCGACAAAAUAGUAAAACAGAAAGUGAUAGCGAUGAAGAUUCCAUAAAUGUAACCCUUGAGGCACCCAGGAGAAUUAAACGAAAGACCAGCAGAGCUAAACGAGCUACUGAAGAGGAAAAAAGACCAAGUGCUGAAGACAAAAAGGAGGAAAAUUACGGAGGCGAGGAUAUUGUCUAUAUAUUGAAAGUUAAACCCGGUCAAAAGAUUGAACAGGAGGUGAAGCAGGAAUGCUCUGCAGAAAGAAAUGUUCUCAUAUCUCCCAAGGAAUUAUGCGUUGAAUUAUUAGAAGCUUCUUCGGAGCCCCCAUCAAGCUCUGCAAAUAUCUUCGUGAAAACCAAGCGUAAGGUUUAUACCACGGUGGACGAACCCACGGGGAAUGACGCAAGAGUUGCAGUCGCUAAGGACAUUGAUUCUAGCACAUCAGAGCGUACUAGCCGGGAGAGUAGUAUAUGCGACAGUGAAAAAUCAAAAACUCCAAUUUCUUCGGCGCUUCCGCCCAUUCCACAAUCUCCAAACGCACAUCGGCGACUGGAUGUUAAGACCAGUCCCAUUAAGGAACCUUCGCCAUCAAUCCGCAAAAUGAUUCAACGGUAUAACCAAACCGUGGAAAAAUCCAACAAAAAUACAUUCAAAUCUGGAUCAGUCUCUCCAAUAGUGUUUAGGUCGCCUGUUUUGGAAAGAAGGAUUAAGUCAAAGAAUGACAAAUUUCAAAAUAACUCCGAGAAGGUGGUGAAGUCAGUCAGCGCUAGUAACAUUCAGGGGAAUGAAUUGGUAGUCAUAAAUAUUAGUGACGUGGACUAUCCCUUAUCUGGCACUAAAAUGUCAAAAGCGUCCAGCGCAGAAGUUCUUCCAGCAGACAGAAAGGGGUCUUUACAAGGAAACGAUGAAGAGUGUCCAAUUAGUUCAUCCCUAGCUUGUGAUAGUCUCAGAGCAAUAAAGGUUCCUUCGACUCCUAUUGAACCACCUGUAACACCUCCAGAGAGGGAGAAAAAGGAACAUUUAUAUAAAAAGAAUAAAGAAAAGCCCACAAGCCUCUUUGGUAAAACUGGAGCAGUUAAAAAAAUGGGAUUAAAAACAGGAAAAGCCAGUGAGAAUAUUUACCGAAGAAGUAUGUCUAGUACUCCUAGCGAAUCCUGGUCUCUCCCAGAUAAAUCGGACAAUACUGUCCCGAAAAUAACAAGGAAGUAUGAGAACAUCGUAGACGUGUACUCACAUUCUGCACCGUCUACCCCAAUGACGGAAGUUGCAGAUCGACCAAAGACUCCUCUGACAGAAAGAGCCCUGAAAAUACAACGGGCGAAAGAAGAGUUCCUGAAGCGAGACAUCCAAAGAAGUUCGACUUGGGAGGCAUCCAGCAUCAAAGAAAGGAACUGGCAUAAUCGUUUGAGCAGUUCCAGUUUCGGUAGUACGGCCAGUAAUAACGUCCACGAGGGACCCCUUCUGAAAAGUGCUAGUGUAGGCUUUAUUGGUUCCGUUCCAGAUGACGCUCUUUGUUCUGAAGACUAUGUCCUUUCGCUUCCUCCACCAUCGGAGAAGACUUCAAAAUUUGGAUUCUCCUCCAUCGCUUCGAAAUUUCGAAAAGUGAAAAUGCGUCGUGGUGUAAAGGAGCAGCCACCCAAGUUCAGCGCCGUUUCUGCUCUAUGUCGUCAAAGCCUGGCUGUUGUGGAUAUUCAUGCCGAUGCUAUGGCCAUUCAGGAUCAAGUGAAAAAAGAAGAGGAUGACAAGAAAGUUCAAAAAUCAAGUAGCUCACAUAGUAGUUUAGGAUUUUGGUCGGGAUUCAAAAAACUGUCUAAAUCGAGAAGUGCAAAUAUCUUGCCGCAAAAUGAGAAAGAUACCAAAGAAAUGUGAAACAGAUAAUACUGAAACGAAUUUUAUGGAUAGACUAUAUUUAUUUUUAUUGAGGUCAUGUAUCUGUUAUGGUUUUUAAUGUAAUUUAUCGAUUAAUAUUUAUUCAUGUGGAUGGAUUUAUGCCAAAUGAGAAAUAUGGUAUUUUCGGUAGAAUAAACGAUAAUUUUAAAUUGGA